CAUGUCAUCCAAAAUGCUUGGCACCGUGACUGUUUUUGUAAAUUUUGUGUAAUUAAUCGAGAAUAUGAAAUAAAAACAACCAAAAUGUACAAUCUUACAGCUUGUGUGGUGUGUUUCAACACUGAUGUUAAAUUAAUAAGCAUAAAUAGUGGACAGUUACGUAGAGAAUUCCAUUUGAUUUCUGGUAUUCAGAUAAGGCAAGGCGAUGGAAUGCCGGAUUAUUUAUGUUUUCAGUGUACAGCGAUGGUGAGGAACUUCAAAAGAUUUCGUGAUAGAUGCCACCGAUCUCAUUAUGCUUUGAAAGAAAUAUUAAACAGAAACAACGAGAUAACUGUAAGAAAUCUGAAAGAUCUGAACCGAAACCUCCUUGGUAUAAUGCCGCAACUAUCGUACAUGAGUCUAGACAAAACACACUACGAGCAAGUCAAGUUCCAAUGGAAGAAACACAACCGCAUAGACUGGUGUAACUCGUCCAAACACAAUAUACCAGUUCUUCACUGCACUACGUUAACCCCAGACAACACUUUUAACGAUACAACCAAUACCGUAGAAUUGGAAUUUAACCCACAAAAUAUUAAAAUGGACAUUGAUGCAAUAGAUCAAUAUGAAAUACCGAUAGAGAAGGAUUUAACCAAAGAUGAGCCAGCAUACGGCGAUACCACAAAAGAUACGGACAUGCCAGAUUCUUUUAUGGAUAAUGAUAUGUAUGAUAGUGGGAAUGAUCAGGAUCACUAUCAGGAUGCGGAAACGUUUCCGAACUUAGCUCUUAAAGUUGAAAACACAGAAGGGGAUGUGGAUGGGGCUGAAAUGGAUGAAGAGUAUGCAUCCUUGGUCCCGAUAUCGGUGAAAGAGGCUAAGGCUGCAGUAGAAGUAUACAAGAUGUUCACUCAGGGUAAAUACCACUGUGAGAUAUGCAAUAAAGCUUAUAAUAAUGAAGAGCGGAUGAAGGUACAUUUGCGGAUGCAUGAUAAGCAUAUAAGUGGCAAGUUUCACUGUAAGCUUUGUCAAUACUAUUAUAAAACAGAUUUCUUACUGAAGACACACAUGACUGAAAAACACAUGUUUAAGUAUUUGUGUAGAAAAUGUCCUGAAGUUAGUUUUGAUAGAAUAUCAGCAAAACAGCACUACAUUUGGGUACACUUACAGAAGGGUAACAAAAAGAACUCCAACUGGUACGAAUCUAGACCCAAAUGGUUGAACCCUCGAGGGGGCAAAAGAGUCAAAGGCGUAGUAACCUUGAAACCUAUUAAGAAAAAUACCAAGUUGCCUGAAGAUUUCCUUGUGUACUCUCCGAUAGGUCAUGAAGAACAGUAUAAGUUGAUACAGGAUAGGCAGAAUUCUAGGAAUUAUCAAGAGGCUAAUUAUCAAUGUAAAUUGUGCUAUCGAGGGUUUAGGGUUAUGUUGACGUAUGAGAAGCAUAUGAAGAAACAUGAUCCUGAAUACUCAGGCCCGCUACAAUGUGAUAUUUGCAAGAUCUUCUUCAAGGACCAGCGGAAACUCUACAAACACAUGAAUAUCACGCAUCUGUACAAAUACUCAUGCCAGCUGUGUAGUUUUGUGUGCUGUAAUAGAGGACAAGCCCACAUGCAUUACAGAUGGCAUAAGAACGUUACAUACGAGUGUCCGCACUGCAAGAGGGAAUUUUUGAAAGCAUCAACACGACUGACACACAUAAGAAUAAAGCACCCGUCCAUGUGUUUGUGCAUCAUAUGCGGACACAGCUUCGUGUCCGACUCCGGGUUAUACUGCCACAAGCAAAUUGCACAUACUGAAGCGGAAAUAGAGCGCAGCAACAACAUGAUCGUGGACUCGUCAGACCCGCACUACUGCGCGGACUGCCAGCUGCAGUUCAUGUCGUACGACGCCUUCACCACGCAUCUCGGCAGCUCCUACAAACAUGCCACUACCAACCUUUCUAUAAAGCCGAGUCGUCGCAAGAAGGAGGCGGGCCGCAGCCGCGGCCGCCCGCGCCGCGGCGUCUGCUCAGAGAUCGUCAACAACGGAGUGUCCACAUCCAGCACUUGUGAAGUGUGUGGCACGUUCUUACCGAACGACGUGCAAGCCCGCAAGCACUACGAGUCGGAACACCCCGACACUGAGUACCUCAAGCGGUACAUGUGUGACGUCUGCGGACAUACCACUAGGCAAUACGCGAACCUGCUAGUCCACAUGCGGACACAUACAGACGAGAAGCCAUACGAGUGUCCGCACUGCGACCGACGGUUCAACAUGCCCAGCAAUAGGGACAGGCAUCUCGUUGUGCACACAGGCGAGAAGCGCUACCAAUGCCAGCAUUGUAACCGUCGCUUCACACAGAGCAGUGCCGUCAAACUGCACAUACAAACCGUACAUCUCAAGAUACCGUACGCUCCGUGGAAUAAGAAGAAUCGGAAGCGGCGCAAGGAGUUAGAAACAGCGGGCAUGUCGACGCCACUACCAAUCGCGCCGGCGCCACACAAGCUCGCUGCCUUCGACGCUCCCGCCGACUAUCUCAACGCGUACAUCACUUAUAACGACGACUAGUGUAUGUGAUCGACUUUAUUUGUGUCUACUAGUGUAUUUGACUGCCUUUAUUUAUAUGUUUAUGAGUUUAAUGUCAGAGGGUCUAGCCUGGACGCACACAUUCGGUUUCCGGAUUCGGUUUCCUGAUCAGGAAUUCCUGAUCGGGAUUCCGUGACACUAGCGCACACGUUCCGGUUCUGUCUCUGAACGCACGGAAAAUAUUGCGAAACGAAUGUCAGGUUUUUUUUCCGUUCGGGAAAAGUAAGAACGUGUACGCUCUUGUGAACAUUUUGUACAAAAAAUAGCAUUUCGGUUUCCGAAUCUGAAUUCCUGAUCAGGAAACCGAGUGUGCGUGCAGGCUUACCCGUCGGUAACGACUGUAAAUCGUGUGGUGUGUAAGGAUGAUUUUUUACUUAUCAUUUGAGUACUGAAUACGCCGAGAUAUAGAUAUGUAGAUGAUAUAUCGGGUGUGUCGUUCAUAAUCACAUUAAAUGAAAUGCGUUAAUAUACUGGUUAAUAUAUGUCGAUUAACACCAA